CCGUGGAGUAAGAGGCAGAGGCGCCGGGCGUGGAUGCCGCGGAGUAGGCCACGGGCCUGCGCUCCCAGGGCGGAUGGGACGCCGGUUUCCGUGGAUCCGCUGCUGCAAACCCGAAGUUCUUCGGCUCCCUGAGACGCUCAACAAAUAAAAGAUGACGGAGGGCCGUCGAUGUCAAGUACAUCUUCUUGAUGACAGGAAGCUGGAACUCCUAGUACAGCCCAAACUUUUGGCCAAGGAGCUGCUUGACCUCGUGGCAUCUCACUUCAAUCUGAAGGAGAAGGAAUACUUUGGAAUAGCCUUCACAGAUGAGACGGGGCACUUAAACUGGCUUCAGCUAGAUCGAAGAGUAUUGGAACAUGACUUUCCCAAAAAGUCAGGACCAGUGGUUUUAUACUUCUGUGUCAGGUUCUACAUAGAAAGCAUUUCUUACCUAAAGGAUAAUGCCACCAUUGAGCUCUUCUUCCUGAAUGCCAAGUCGUGCAUCUACAAGGAGCUGAUUGAUGUAGAUAGUGAAGUGGUGUUUGAACUAGCCUCCUAUAUUUUACAGGAGGCAAAGGGAGAUUUUUCUAGCAAUGAAGUGGUGAGGAGUGACUUGAAGAAGCUGCCAGCGCUUCCCACCCAAGCCCUGAAGGAGCACCCUUCCCUGGCCUACUGUGAGGACCGAGUAAUUGAGCACUACAAGAAACUGAACGGCCAGACCAGAGGUCAAGCAAUCGUGAACUACAUGAGCAUCGUGGAGUCUCUCCCAACCUACGGAGUUCACUAUUAUGCAGUGAAGGACAAGCAGGGGAUACCAUGGUGGCUGGGCCUGAGCUACAAAGGAAUCUUCCAGUAUGACUACCACGAUAAAGUGAAACCGAGGAAGAUAUUCCAGUGGAGGCAGUUGGAAAACCUGUAUUUCAGAGAAAAGAAGUUUUCUGUGGAAGUUCAUGACCCACGCAGGGCUUCCGUGACGAGGAGGACGUUUGGACACAGUGGCAUUGCGGUGCACACGUGGUACGCGUGCCCAGCAUUGAUCAAGUCCAUUUGGGCGAUGGCCAUUAGCCAGCACCAGUUCUAUCUGGACAGGAAGCAGAGUAAGUCUAAAAUCCAUGCCGCACGAAGUCUGAGUGAGAUCGCCAUCGACCUGACUGAGACUGGAACACUGAAGACCUCGAAGCUGGCCAACAUGGGGAGCAAAGGGAAGAUUAUAAGCGGCAGCAGCGGCAGUCUCCUGUCAUCAGGUUCUCAGGAAUCAGAUAGCUCCCAGUCUGCCAAGAAAGACAUGCUGGCGGCCUUGAAGUCCCGGCAGGAAGCUCUGGAGGAAACGCUACGCCAGCGGCUGGAGGAGCUCAAGAAACUCUGCCUCCGAGAAGCUGAGCUGACAGGCAAACUGCCUGAUGAAUAUCCCCUAGAUCCAGGGGAGGAGCCACCCAUUGUUCGAAGAAGAAUCGGGACAGCCUUCAAGCUGGAUGAACAGAAAAUCCUACCCAAGGGAGAGGAAGCUGAGCUGGAACGCCUGGAACGAGAGUUUGCCAUUCAAUCCCAGAUUACGGAGGCUGCCCGCCGCCUUGCCAGUGACCCCAACGUCAGCAAAAAACUGAAGAAACAAAGGAAAACCUCCUAUCUGAAUGCACUGAAGAAGCUGCAGGAAAUUGAGAAUGCAAUCAACGAGAACCGCAUCAAGUCUGGGAAGAAACCCACCCAGAGGGCCUCGCUCAUCAUCGACGAUGGAAAUAUUGCCAGUGAAGACAGUUCUCUCUCAGAUGCCCUUGUUCUAGAAGAUGAAGACUCUCAGGUCAUCAGCACACUGUCCCCCUUACAGUCUCCUCACAAGGGACUCCCUCCUCGGCCACCGUCGCAUAAUAGGCCCCCUCCUCCCCAGUCCCUGGAGGGACUCAGGCAGAUGCACUAUCACCGCAACGACUAUGACAAGUCACCUAUCAAGCCCAAAAUGUGGAGCGAGUCCUCGUUAGAUGAGCCUUAUGAGAAGGUCAAGAAACGUUCCUCGCACAGCCAUUCCAGCAGCCACAAGCGUUUCCCCAGCACAGGGAGCUGUGCCGAAGCAGGAGGGGGAAGCAGCUCCCUCCAGAACAGCCCCAUCCGCAGCCUCCCUCACUGGAACUCGCAGUCCAGCAUGCCGUCCACACCAGACCUGCGUGUCCGGAGCCCCCACUAUGUUCAUUCCACGAGGUCGGUGGACCUCAGCCCAACGCGCCUGCACAGCCUUGCCCUGCACUUUCGGCAGCGGAGCUCCAGCCUGGAGUCCCAGGGCAAGCUCCUGGGCUCGGAAAACGACACGGGAAGCCCCGACUUCUACACCCCACGGACUCGUAGCAGCAAUGGCUCGGACCCCAUGGACGACUGCUCAUCCUGCACCAGUCACUCAAGCUCAGAGCACUACUACCCAGCGCAGAUGAACGCCAACUACUCCACGCUGGCGGAGGACUCGCCAUCCAAGGCGCGCGCACGGCAGCGACAGAGACAGCGGGCAGCAGGGGCGCUGGGCGCAGCGAACUCAGGCAGCAUGCCUAACCUGGCGGCGAGGGGCGGCGGCGGGGGCGCGCCGGGUGUCUACCUGCACAGCCAGAGCCAGCCCAGCUCGCAGUACCGCAUCAAGGAGUACCCGCUAUACAUCGAGGGGGGUGCCACACCCGUGGUCGUGCGCAGCCUGGAGAGCGAUCAGGAGGGUCACUACAGCGUCAAAGCGCAAUUCAAGACCUCCAACUCCUACACGGCAGGCGGCCUGUUCCGGGAGAGCUGGAGGGCCAGCGAAGAGGGCGACGGGGGCCGCCUGACGCCAUCACGCUCACAGAUCCUGGGGACUCCGUCGAUGGGCCGCGAAGGUGCCCACGACAAGGGCACGGGGCGCACAGCCGUGUCAGAUGAGCUGCGCCAGUGGUACCAGCGCUCCACUGCCUCUCACAAGGAGCACAGCCGCCUGUCGCACACCAGCUCCACCUCCUCCGACAGUGGCUCCCAGUACAGCACCUCCUCCCAGAGCACCUUCCUGGCCCACAGCAGAGUCACGAGGAUGCCCCAGAUGUGCAAGGCCACGUCAGCUGCCUUACCUCAAAGCCAGAGAAGCUCAACGCCUUCCAGUGAAAUUGGAGCAACCCCCCCAAGCAGUCCCCACCACAUCUUAACCUGGCAGACUGGGAGCUACAAUGAUAGCUGUUUCCUGGAUUCCUCCCUCUAUCCAGAACUAGCCGACGUCCAGUGGUGCGGGCAGGAGAAAGCCAAGCCCGGGACCCUCGUGUGAGCCAGCGGCCUCAACCUGACCGCACCGACGCCAUUCUGAGACCACCUCACUGCCUCCCAUUUGCCUUACCCAGAAGCACUGUCACCCUGCACCAGCUUCAACCCGCAGCACUUUUGUUCUCCUGUCUCCGCAUCCCCUCACACUCAAAAUCCUGACUGAGGAGACAUUCUGGAAGGUUCCGGUCCCACUGUGUGUCCCCUGGCUCGCUUGCCUACAGAGAGCCAGGCACCUAUCCUCAAUGGCACCUUGGUGGCUUCCCCCUGCCACGACAGCCCCCGGACCAGGAACCAUCAGGGAGGCUGGCUGGCAUCAUAUUCCUGUGGACAAGUGGCAUGUAUAGAGGACAGGAAAGGAAACUUACAUACAGGGUGACCCAGAAAGACUAAGUUGUGGCCAGCCUGCUGCCUGGAGGCCAACCAAGCACUUCAAGAAGAGGAUGCCUGGUGGGGGUGUCUAGUUCACAGCUGACAUAUUCCUUGGGGGGAGGGGGAGGUAAUGAAAAAUGAAGCUUAACAUGUCAGAGAUACAUCAGAGGAUCACAAUCAGUUCUAUGCUGCCAAAGAUUUUAAAAAAUUAAUAAAUAAAAACAAAAAAAAAAAAGAGGGGCCAAGAAGAAGACAUUCUUUGUGCAAUGAAACACCCUUCAAAUUCUAAACUGCUACAACACACACGUCCAAGUCAACCAUUUGUAAAUUGUUGCCCCUCUUUACCCUCUCCCUUCAUGUUCACCUUCUCUGUCGGUGGAGAGCCUGAGAAA